AUGGUGCACAUCACUCUGGGUCAAGCAAUAUGGGCGUCCGUUAAGCCGAUAAUCAAGAUUUAUUUGAUUAUAGGUGUCGGCUUUCUGAUGGCUAAGAUGGGAAUUCUGCCAGUGGAGGCAACAAGAAUCAUUUCCGAUAUCGUGCUAACGGUUUUACUGCCCUGUCUGUCAUUUAACAAGAUCGUCGCUAAUAUCGAAGAUGAAGACAUCAAAUCUGUCGGAAUCAUCUGUUUAUCUGCCCUCCUAAUAUUUGGCACUGGGCUCUUUUUCGCAUAUGUUGUUAGGCUACUCCUGCCUGUUCCCAAACAAUGGUAUGGCGGUAUUCUUGCCGGUGGUAUGUUUUCGAAUAUAAGUGAUUUACCAAUUGCAUAUUUACAAUCCAUGGAUCAAGGGCUUAUAUUUUCAGAAGAAGAAGGUAACAAAGGUGUGGCCAACGUCAUUAUAUUUCUGACGAUGUUUCUAAUUUGCAUUUUCAAUUUGGGUGGGUUUCGACUGAUUGAAAGUGAUUUCAAGUACAAUGACGAUGAAAAUGCUGCUAGGAUUUCAGAAACAACGGCGACGCAACCCGCAGUAAGUGCAAAUACCAUUAAUACGGAUACAAACAAGAGUUUAUUGUCAAACGAGCCACAGCUUUUCAAUGAUAAGUACACCGCUCGCGAUACUCUCACUGAAACUAUAGGUACAAAGGCGAAUGGAAACGCAGACAUAUCCCCAAUAUCAAGACAAUCAACAAGCAAUAUAGCUCCCUUGUCACCAUUACACACUUGUUCAAAUUCAAAUAUUACAAAACCAGUCCAUACAAAGGCAAGAGAUACUAUUGCAUGCCUUCCAAGCGAGGGGUCACAGGUAACUUCUGGCUCAAAUCCGUUAGAUAGGCAAUCAUCUGCUUCAACGAUACAUUCCUAUAACACAUCAGAGAGUUAUAACAGUAGCAUAGAUACUAUGAGAGCACGUAGAACUCCGAGCCAACCGAGAGCUUACAACACUGCUACAGCCCUAGAAGAGAAUUGCCUGGAUGAAAAAUACCCAAAAAAUAUGUCUAUGGCGGCGUUGGAACCUGUUCGCUCCAUUGACAUGCGCGCAUUGCCCUCUCAGAACAUACACCAUCUCAUCAGGGAAUACUCCAAUGUUGAUCAAUAUGGUCAUCUAAGGAGGAACUCCAGUUUAUACGGUAUUGAUAUGAACGAUGCUCAUUCAAUUAGGUCAAAUUCCACUUUACAAACUAUAAAAACUGCCAACCUAACCAGGAUCUUAACAUCAGAUGCUACUGUAAGUAAAAAGGAUAUUGAAACCUCCGGCGAAUCAUUACCAGAGUGGAUGAAGAAAUUCCCAUUAACCCCGUUACUGGUGUUCUUCCUGAAGAAUUGUUUAAGGCCGUGCUCUAUGGCUGUGAUCAUUGCCUUAAUUGUUGCAUUCAUCCCAUGGGUCAAGGCUUUAUUUGUGACUACAGCUAAUACUCCUCAUAUAAGGCAAGCACCAGACAAUGCACCACCAUUAAGCUUUUUCAUGGAUUUUACAAGUUAUGUUGGCGCAGCAAGUGUUCCAUUUGGGUUGAUAUUAUUAGGAGCAACUUUAGGAAGAUUAAAAAUUGGCAACCUUUACCCAGGAUUUUGGAAAGCUGCUGUGACACUCGUCAUUUUGAGACAAUGUGUCAUGCCAAUUUUUGGUGUCCUAUGGUGUGAUCGGUUAGUGAAAGCCGGAUGGGUUAAUUGGCAAGACGAUAGAAUGCUGUUAUUCGUUAUAGCAAUCAGCUGGAACUUGCCAACAAUGACUACCCUUAUAUAUUUCACCGCCAGUUUUACACCGCCAGAAAUAACAGACCCAAUUCAAAUGGAAUGUGUUUCCUUUUUCUUAAUGCUGCAAUAUCCGCUAAUGGUUGUUAGCUUGCCAUUUUUAGUCUCUUACUUUUUGAAAGUACAAAUGAAUCUUUGA